GUCAUUUACCAUGUGUGUAGGGCAAGAGAAAAGUCUGUCUUUUGCUUCCUUGCUCACUUGUUCUUCCCCUUCGAAAUACUUUGCCUCUGGAUCAUCGUUCAGAUGGUCCAUCUACCUGUGCUCUUCCUUCUAGUUUUCUCCCAGAUCUGUCUUACCCUCAAACUUGUACCUUUCUGUGCCGGUGAAGACCAUUUUGCCUACUCCGGCUUCACUGGUGCCGGAAACACCAGCCUCACCCUUGAUGGAGCUGCCAGAGUUACCCCCGAAGGACUCCUCGAGCUGACGAACAACGUGGCAAAUACCAAAGGCCAUGCGUUUUACCCAACUCCAUUUCAGUUCAAGAAGUCACUCAAUGGCACAGUACAGUCCUUUUCAGUUGCCUUUGUGUUCAGCAUCGCCUCUGCCUACUCAGAAGCAAGCACCGAUGGCAUGGCCUUCUUCAUCAGCCCAGAUCAGAAUUUCUCAGAUGCCAUGUCAGCUCAGUACAUGGGCCUCCUCAACAGCAAGAGUGACAACGACACCAGAAAUCACAUGUUUGCAGUGGAGCUCGACACUGCUCAAAACUUGGAACUACAAGAUAUCAAUGGCAACCACAUCGGCAUUGACAUCAACAGCCUCAACUCCAUUCAGUCCCAUCAAGCUGGCUUCUAUGACGAUGAAGACGGUGGCGGCUUCAAAAACCUGACUCUCUGCGGCUGCAAGCUUAUGCAGGUUUGGGUGGAGUAUGACGGAGAGACUACACAGAUCAAUGUCACUUUAGCUCCCACUGUAAUGGCUAAACCUGCAAGGCCACUACUCUCAGUCACUCACAACCUUUCAGCUGUGCUAACUGAUCAAGCAUAUAUUGGUUUCUCAGCCGCAACUGGCCCACUCAGUUCAUGGUUCUAUGUUCUUGGUUGGAGCUUCGCCCUUAACACUUCUGCUCCAUCCAUUGACAUUGACAAGUUGCCUGAGCUACCUUGUUCUAGCCGUAAGACUUCGCCAAAGGUGUUAAAUAUUGUAUGGCCAAUAGCCACCGCAUCACUAUUUAUUGCUACAUGCACGGCAGUAAUUCUUCUCAUCCGGAGGAAGCUCUCUUUUGCUGAGUUGAGAGAAGAUUGGGAGGUUGAGUUUGGGCCUCACCGGUUCUCCUACAAGGAUCUAUUCAAAGCUACAGAAGGAUUCAAGAAUAAGCAUAUACUCGGCACGGGAGGGUUUGGGAAGGUGUACAAAGGAGUGCUGCCAACCUCCAAAUGGGAGGUCGCCGUGAAAAGGGUGUCCCACGAUUCAAGCCAAGGUAUAAAAGAGUUCAUCUCUGAAGUUGUUAGUAUUGGCCAUUUACGGCACCGCAACCUCGCUCAGUUACUCGGUUAUUGCCGACGUAAGGGAGAGCUCCUCCUGGUCUAUGACUACAUGUCAAAUGGUAGUCUUGAUAAGUAUCUAUACAGCGAGGAAGGGAAACCCAUUUUACAUUGGGCUCAGAGGUUUCACAUUAUCAAAGAUGUGGCUUCUGGCCUAUUACACCUCCAUGAGAAGUGCGAGCGGGUUGUCAUCCACCGAGACAUCAAAGCAAGUAAUGUCCUCCUUGAUAAUGAAAUGAACGGACGCCUAGGUGACUUUGGCCUUGCAAGAUUACAUGACCAUGGUACCGACCCACUAAUCACCACAAAACUUGUUGGGACCUUGGGGUAUCUAGCUCCGGAGCUAGCAUUCACAGGAAGAGUAUCCCCUCUCACAGAUGUAUAUGCCUUUGGCGUGUUCCUUCUUGAGGUCACCUGUGGGCGAAGGCCAAUCAGCAACAGCUCACAACAUAGACCAAGGUUGUUAGUCGAUGUGGUUCUCGAGCACUGGCAUAGAGGAUCACUCAAGGAAACGGUGGAUCUAAGGAUGAAGAGUGACUAUAAUGCCGAUGAGGCAUGCCUAGUUCUGAUGCUUGGGCUGAUGUGCUCACAACCGAUCCCCAACACAAGGCCUACCAUGCGGCAGGUCAUGCAAUACCUUGAUGGUGAUAUUCCACUGCCAGAGUUGACACCAACCAACUUCAGCUACAGCUCGGUAGCAUUUAUGCAGAAAGAAGAGUUCGAUACCCCGUGGAGUACCUGUCAGCAAGAAACAUGGGCUCAAGAACACCUAGCAUCUCAGAUGGAGAAUAAAAUAUGAUUGAACUUCUUAGUUGCCACAUAGCUGUCCAUAGAGGCAGCCUUGCUAGGUCUACCUGUACAUAUGUGUUACUUCAUCAAUUGUAGAUUGCUCAAUUUAAUCGAAAGUGCUUUCAACUA